UAUAUGGUAAUUGGCUGGACCGGAAAACGGUAAAUCCGGGUUUAAAUAAUCGUUAUUUAUCGUUUUUUCCCAACUAAACAUAAAAUCAAAAUAAAAUCAGUACAUGGAUUUAAGAAAAUCUAUCUUGAGAAUUUCAAAAUGCUUACAAAUUUUAAUUAUGAGAAAAAAAUCACUAUCAUUUAUGUUAAAAUAGAAAAACCUUUCAUAUUUACUCAAAAUUAAAAUCAAUGUGUUCUCUUAGUACAUGUAAUGAUAUUUUAGAAUUACUUUUACUAUUUUUAAACUUGUUGUGUAUAAAGGACAUCUUUGUCUUGUCUCGUUGGUGUCAUUUAUACACAGGUUACACUGUCAUAUUACAUAUAUAUUCAACAAAGUACACUGUAUUACUACGACAGGAAAAAUAAAAUACUUCCUUCCGGAUGAACAACACAUAUUGUAUAUGAUAUAGAAUGAAGACACUUUUAUUAUUCAUGCCCUGAUCAGGCCUCUAACUCCUCGGUGUUAGCACGAUGUGGUAAUCCACUAUUUGUUGUUGAUGAGAAGGUAAAUAUUUGAUUUUUUUUUGUCAUGGUUGUACUGUAUCAUCAAAACAUGUUGUCCCAUCGUUUCUAUUUGAAGUAACAUGUCAUUAUUUACCCAAUUUAUUUUUAUCAAUACCAGUUUCUUGUCUAUAAGUAAUGUAUUGUGUCUUUUCGACAGAUUCUACGCAUGCGCUGGGUUGGCUGUAGUGUCAGUCUGCUUCCUUUCUCUCGUCUUAUUAAUCUAUCAAAGCACGAUUCGAUCCUUUACACGACACGGGGAAGCUAUAACACUGCUGACAGAGAAUCCCAUCGAAAAGAAAUCCCUGUCAAAUACUAUACUCAACAGGUUUGGUGCACGCGAACCAGAUAGCUCUACCACACCAUUUUAUCCUCAUUCGAGCAAUCGGAGCCUGUCGUUGACUUCAAAAGAACGUCGUCAUGUAGCCUUCCUGAAGGUGCAUAAGGCUGCAAGUUCAACAGCUCAGAAUAUCUUUUUACGGUUUGCCAUUUCACGAGACCUGCUGGUAGUGUUGCCGUUAGUCCCGAAGUUCUUUUUUCCGAACGUCAUUAGCGGUACUACCUCGGUGACAAAACAAAACAUUCUUCCUGUUCCGAAGGGCAGGUUCUAUGAGAUCCUAUGCUGCCACGUUAUAUACAACAGAGAUGCAUUCGCUCGUAUUAUGCCUGCUGAUACAGUCAACAUAGGUAUUGUACGAGACCCUUUUGAACACUUUAUAUCUACUUUGAAUUACAUGCGACCACAUGAGGUGUUUAAGAUAAAUACUUCAGACCCUGUUUCGGUCUUCCUUCAGAAUCCAACGAAUUACGUCAAACGAACAAGUCAGAGUUACGCCAAUAACAGGAUGGCCUUUGAAUUCGACUUCCCUGCAAAACUGUUUGAAACACGAGACAAAGGUGGUAUAGAGCGUUAUCUGCACAAGUUGGAAAGUGAAUUUCAGCUAGUUCUGAUUGUAGAGUUGUUCGACGAGUCUUUAGUUCUAAUGCGCAGACUUCUCAACUGGGAAAUGAAGGAUAUCCUAUAUGUGAAACUCAAUUCUAGAAGACAAUUGUUUGAAAGAAUAAAUUUUAAGCCCGGAGAUGUACAAUUAUAUAAAAGAUGGGCCGAGAUAGAUUAUGCACUUUAUAACUUCUUUUACCGACGGCUACAAGCCCAAAUUCAGGAGCAAGGGCCAACAUUUCACGAGGAACUCUUGUGUUUCCGAAGUUUACGUCAGGACAUGCAGAUAUACUGUGAGAAGAAACCGAUGUCAAAUGUCCCAUACCACGUAACUGCGUCUUCCUGGAGUGAUGCUUUUGAAAUAACUAAGGAAGAUUGUUCAUCUAUGAGAAAAGGAGAGAUACCUUUUAUAAGAGAAAUAAGAAUGCAGCAGUACGGAUUUUACAACGAGAUAUCUAAAACUUCGUAAACUCUUACAAAUCUAGUGAUAAUUGUAAAUGUCGUUAAAUUAAAUCUGAACGCUUGCAGUAUUGUACAGUGAAGCCAAUGGUAAAGUUAACUGUGGUUCACUUUACCGUUAUGUUGAAGUUAACCACUGGUAAUGUGAAGCGCCCUGCCCGAUCAAAUUUCAAUGUUGCAAUUCUUUUUCACCCUGAA